AUGACGACGAAAACCAAUCGGGCCAAAGUGGUGAGACUCAAGAAGUACACGGACAAUGACAUUAUCGUGAGGAAGUACCUGGGGCUUUUGAACAGGGAGAUCAUUGAAUUUUAUCGUGUUGAUGGUAAGAUCAACAAAGACUAUGAAAUCCGUGGAUCACGUAUUCAUUACAAGAGUAGCGUCAGGUACUUGGAGAAACAAGUGGAAACGAAUUUGGAGAGACACAAGUCGAGUUCUAUCCAGUUUGAUGAGAUGAUUUUGAAUGAUGUAAAAUUUAGACGUAGAGUGAUGUACGGUAAGAAACCAUUUGAAAUGGGGACGUAUUGGAGUGGUAAAGAGAAAAGAUUAUUUUUUCAACUGAUUUCGAGAUUCUCGAUACAUAGGCUUGAUGAUUGGUGUAUGAAACUUCCUGGUAAGAGUAAGAUGGAAAUUUUGAACUAUUAUCUUGUAUUAAAGAAGAAUUUAGUAUUUUUGAAAAACAUGCGAUACAUUGGUCUAUGGGAUAGAUCAAAAUAUCCAAUUGCAUAUGAAAUGGAUGAAAAUUAUAUUGAAUUAGAAGAUUACUUGAGUAAUAAGAUUUCUGAUAUUUUAAUUGAAGCAAGUGCACCUGAUGAAUUUCAAGAGAAUGAAGAUUCUUUGAUUUCUAUUAAACAGUGGGAGAAACGUUGGAAUCGUAUAUAUCGUAAGAGUAACGUCGUGAGACAACUUCAACAAAAUGAUAAGUUUAGACCCAUGAGUUACUAUCGAACGCCUUUAAAAAUGUCGAAUAAAACAAUGAAAAUUUUGGAAUUAGUUGUUAGACAACAUGUGCGUAAAUUACUGUGGUUUGCUGUAUUACCGAAUAUACACAAGAGAAGUAUAUCAAAGAGAGAAUUACUGGGUCUUGAACCACGGGAGGAAGGAGAAGAAACAACAGACGAUCUUGUAAUAUCAUUUUCUGAGAGUGAGAAACGAUACCCACAUGUGGUGACCGAUAGAAGCAUUGAAAAUGCCGUCACUUUGAUGAAGAAGGAAGGUCACCAUGCAUACAUGUUGGGUGAGAGUAUUCUAGAUAUGAUUACAAAAUUUGAUAUUGAAUAUAAACCAGCCGAUGGUAAAGUCUUCAAGAGAAGAGAAACCAACAAGUCGAUACUCCCAAAAUUGAUCGAGAAGACAGUAUCAUACGACAUUAUAGGCGAUCCGACAGAGACUCGUCUCGACGAUACAAGUAUGGUCCCGACCUUGGAAGACAAAUAUAACGAUGCAGAGAAACUCUACGCAAGAAAACUGGAAAAGGUCUACGAAACACGACUCAAGGGGACCAGUAUAGACCCCAACGUGGAAUUUGAAGACCCAUUUUGCGAUGACCAACUUCCCUUAUUCGAAAACAGACUAGAUAACCCUGUGGAAUUCGAAAUGAUCGAUUGGGAAACGAAUUACCUGGAGACAAGAGAUAUGGUCCAAUCAACACGACACCAAGACGCUCUUUUCAAUUUUUUUUUCCAGGGAUACGAGGACACAACUAUCUCAACCAUUGAAGACACCACCAUGGACCAACUAGCAGCAUUAGACGAGACUGACUGUCCCAUCAACAUCUCCAAAACACUCAAAAAAUGGUUCGUCAGAUCUUAA